CUCAACAGCCAGGCGACACACACAACUUCUAUGGGGCCUCCUGGCAUUGGUAAAUGUUGAGAUAUGACCUGAAGCCUCAUACUGAUCUCAAUUAACUAAAAAAAGAUUCCGAACUAUCCAUUAUGCUCUUCUGGCUUCUCAAUGCUAUUAGUAGGGCAGUGGCACUUCUGUCACUGCGCUGUGGAAAUAGCUAGCGUGUAGGCAUGCACGGUCACUGUACAAAAACAUUUAUAAGUCUGAUCUAAAAAAUUCUGUUGGGACUCUAAGCUGGAGAAAGAAGCAGGAGGGAUCUGUGUUACUAUGAGACAUCAAAGACACAGGCCAUAAGCAGAAGGAAGCAGCAAGUAUUGAUCAGCAGAGUGGACACAGUCAGUGUGGACCCACAGCUGACCGGUCCUUGAUCAAGAUGACUCAUAUGAAAAGGUUUCAAGGUAUUCCCAUGUCAAAGUCGAUGAGAGAUUUGUGUAAAGAGGAGGACUAUGCAUUUCUGGGAAUGUCAGAAAAGACGAUAAAAGUAACGGUGGAAAGAGACAGGGACUUGGAGGACUGGAGACCCAAAAAAGAGGAGAGGGUCCGUCGGCAACUGGAGAGGGAGCAGCUUGAAAUAGAGCGCCUCCAACAAAUAGAAGAGCGCAAGAAGGAGAAAGAGCAGCAGUGGCGGACUCAUGUAGAAAAGCUGACCUCCAGCCAGGAGAAGACAUUGCAAGACAGACUGGCAAGACUCAGGAGAUUUAGGGAGUUCCAGAGGAAGGUGCUAAUAGAGGAGUCAGGGAUGGAGGAUGGGGGGGCCGGCCUCACGGUCAACCAGCUUCUCACCAGGAUGUAAAUGCACUAUACGAGAAACUGACUCCUGAUCAGGACUGGGUACCCAACUUCAAUGCUUUUAAAGUACCGUCUGAAUUGCCUCCUACAGUAUAGAGUAUUGAAAAAUGCCUGGUCAUUCAAUGCCAAAGGACUAAAUCUCAUCAGCGUCAGUAAGCCAAUAAGCAUGCAGCACGCUUGUACCAAGAUCUAAUAAUGCUUGUGAUUGGCUGUCUAACGAUACACGUUGAAGAGGUGGGUAGGAAAACCUCUACGUUACACAGAGACGGGGCUCACGUGUGUGUGUGUUGUUGUUUUGAGAGGCUUGACUACAGUGUGCAAAACAUAGUUGUAAAGAAGCUGA